AUGCUCAAGCAAUCGUUCCAGCUCUGGCGCACCGAGACCCAUGAGUCGGCCAGUGUUAAGCUCACGCAGGAUGCCUUGAUUCGAUCUCGCGUGCUGGAGAUCCUCACUCCGGAGGGGUGCCCCUCGGCCGCCCUGGUGACCACUUCCAUUUCCUGUCCCCCGGGGCCAGGCCAGUCGAUUGGCAUUCGUUUGCCCUUUCUCACCAUCCAGGUGAAAAAUCUCAACCGCUAUUUCUCCUUCGAAGUCGAGGUGGAGGAUGAUCAAGGCGUUGUGCGCCGGUUCCGGUGUUCCAACUUCAACACAACCACCCGCGUAAAGGAGUAUAUUUGCACCAUGCCCCUGCUCCUGGACGCCGGGUGGAAUAUCGUCAAGAUCGAUCUGGCCCAAAUGGUUCGGUGCGUGUACGGCACCCAGUUCACCGAGGUCCGCUCGAUCACCAUCCAUCCCAACUGCCUCCUUCGGAGAAUCUUCUUCAGCGACAAGAACAUCCCGGAGGAGGACCUGCCGGCUGAUUUCCGCUUGCACGCGGCCAGCGACACGGCCAAUUGA